UGCUAAUUGAAAAAAGUUUUUAAUUCCUGGCUCAAAUUUAGCUAGGCAUGUGUAGGUAUGCUAUUGUAUUAUAACAAUUUUCAUUUCCAGUGUUGAAGGAAAUGGUAACAUGGAACACUGUUACAUAUUGCCAGGUACAGUUUUGGCUUUCUUAAUUGACAGACAUGGGAACAGAGUAGCAUGGAAAAUAGACAGUACUUGUAUAUGUAACUCAAGGGUAGAAACGUAGUUGCCUCAUAACAACAUUUGUAUUGACUACAGCAGAUUCACUAAGGGAAUUUCCCAAAAUUACAGGUAUAAUGAAGAUUAAAUUUGAGGGUAUUAAGCUAACUGUGUGUUCUCACCUCUAAUCUGGAGACAAAUCCAUCACAAAUUUCUUCUAAAUAAGCGUUCAUUUUCUGUACUUAAAGUGGAAGCUAUGAAAAUGCGUGUUUAUGCAUUGGCAUUAUAGCUAAAAUGUAAUACUUGUACCAAGUAUCAAAAACUUACUUUGUGAUGUUAACAUGAGGUAAUAUCCGCUUGAAAGAGCUGUAGGCAAAGGUGCUGUGAAACAUCUUUGGGCUUUCUGACUCCUGGCUUUUGCCUAGAGAGUAAUAACAAAGGCCAGUGCAGCGCAUUGCUCUUCCCUUUUAACCCCCAAGAGGGUAUCUGAGCAGUUUCUUUGCCCCAGAGAGCAUAAAAAUGUGGGAGUAAGGGCUAAUACUUGGGCUUAAUGUUGAAGCCUUGAGAUAGAAAAGCAGAAGUGUACUUAAAAGUACUUGAAAUAAGCAGAUCUUGUGAGAUGACCAUAAAAUGUAACAUUAGUUUAAUCCAUACUCUUACUGACAUUUCUGUGUUCAUUGUAAUGGUAAGUAUUUACCUAAAUUCUAGCUGAUUGUUAUAAUUAGACAGUAAUGUGUGAUAUUCCAAUAAAUGAAAAUACUACUUUGGUAAACUGCAACAGUAUGCAUAUAGGAAGUAAACAAAGUACAUUCCUGUUUUUCAAGUGAUCCUGUUUUGUUCAAUACAGUUUCAAAAUUCCUGGUCCCUAAUGCCAAGUCUUGUUGUCAUCAUAGCUAUGGUGUGGUGGAAAAGACAAACCAGAAAUGAGCAGAUCUAACUGUAAGCUAUUUUGCGUAUUGUCAAUUGGCUAUAAAUUGCAGGAGUCAUUGACUCAGCGGAACAAGCUUCAUAAUUCAGGUAUUUUCAGGUGUUAUUCAUCAGUCUUAAAAUCAGCACAUCUUGUUUCCUUGGAUUUUACUUUCAUCUGAAGAUUGGUGAGUCUCUAGUCUAAUUGGAAGAUGAUUCUAAUGCCUGAAUUUUGCACUAUGUGCAGACAGUAAGGCAACAGAUAACUGUUUUAUUUAAUGCUACUAUACAGUAGAAGUGUCACUACUAAGCAAUAAAUGCUGCAAGUAUCUCAUCUUGAGGGGCUGUGUUGAUUCUAUGUUCUUGCUGUAUAGUUGUUUUGCUAUAAACAUUUUUUUGUGAUGUAACAGGCUUUUUCAUUCUGACAAUGUUUUUAAGUUGCUACAGUACAAAAUUUUAAGAGUAAUUCAACUUGUGUUAGUAGAAAAGGGAAAGAUGACUGUCUACUACUUCCAUUUUAUAAUGAGUGUAUAUAUUCGUCUCUGAUCUUUCAGCAUGUUUAUUAAUUUAAAAUGAAUCUGUGCAUGCUGUCAGCCUACCUACAGAAAUACCUGUUUAAGAUGCAUGUAACUUUCUGUCUUGUCUAACAGCAUGCUAUAAAUGAGUUCUUAACUCACAGGAUUUCUGUAGUGAGAUCCAUUUUCAUUAGGAAAACAGAUGACACUGAAUACAGAUGUAUUUUGAUGGAGUAUGUUGUUAGAAUAGGUUCAUGAGCGAAAAUUCCCUAUUAAAAGUGGCAGGUGUGAAAUUAUUAGAAAACAUUAAAAUAUCUCUGUAUCCUUGUGAAGGAUGAAGAGAAUCCAAAUAAUGUUCCAGAACUGUUGUCUGAGCAUUGGAAGCUUUGCAAGGUUUUUGUUAAAUGCAGAACCUGAUGGAUGGCAAAAGCUACUGUAACGUCAUGGACAAGUUGUCCAUCUGUACUGACACUCAGUGCGUACGGCUCACUAGGCCUUUCUGUGCAGACCCAUUGGUCACAUUUCAUGUGUACCCAGAAACACCAAACCAGGUCACUUGCUCUGAAGAUGUGUCAUUCUUUCCUUUCAUGUCUGAGCAUCUCAUCACAGAGAACUUCUACAGUGAGCCCUGCGGCUUUUCCUACCAAGUGCCCCAUUCCAGUUACAACAGAAGUGAGUACUCCUGUGGGCCAGCAUUCAUCAGAAAGAGGAAUGAGAGGGAAAGACAGAGGGUUAAAUGUGUCAAUGAAGGUUAUGCUAAACUGAGGCAUCACCUACCUAAGGAAUACAUAGAGAAACGGCUUAGCAAAGUAGAGACACUCCGUGCUGCAAUAAAAUACAUUAGGUAUCUGCAGUCUGUUCUGUACAGUGAUUCUGUGGCGGCAGAAAAGAAUGUCAUCGAGCCAAGUCAAGCACCUAAAACAAUUAACAAAUAAAACCAGUGUUUGAAGACUAUCUAAACUGUUCCUAACCAAGCAAAGGAUACCCUGUCUUGGAACCUGAUAGCUACUACUAUAAUUGUUAAUAAAAUGAACAUUCCUGGAGCAUGUAGGAGGAGAUCAUAAUACACAUCAGUAUCAACCCACAGAAAGGAGUUUCAAUUUCGUAGAUAUUAACUGCACUCGGAAUUGAAAAAUCUCAUCUGAAUGGACUAAGGUAAUUCAUGGAAAUUGGCAAUCACAUCUAAAUUGUUACCAAUCCAAAAAUAUACAUGUGAAGUAACAGUAUGUAUUGUCACAGAGUGCCUGCUUUAAAAUAAAAUAAAAUCUUUCCACUGAUGAGACUGAGAUUCCUUCAAUUUUCUGUAAUGUUACUGGUUUGCUCUCUCAUGCGCCUUGAAAGAAUUUUGUUCUAAUUGCCAGUGUUUCUGUUACAGAGCAAGGAGGUCUUUUUAAAGGUUCCCAGGAAUGUUGUUAGAAGCCAUAAGAAAGGAUAACUUACUUUAAAAGAAUAACUUAGUCUUUCCCCGUCCCCCAGUCUCUUUCUCUGUAUUAUUUGGUGGUUUCAACUAAUUGGUCUAGAACAGAUUUAUGUGAAGAUGGUGAUUAUCUUGUAAUUAGCAAAGCGUUGUUAACAUUUGCUGUACGU